UUUUCUGCAGCAUGGAGUAUGCCUUUAACUAAGUCUAUAAAUAGCGAACCAAUAAAGUUUAACUUCAAUCUCCAAGUUCUUUGUUUAAUAUCACUCCCCUCGUCCUCUUGCUCGGAUAUCUUUAAUAAAGCUACUAAGAAACUUUAAUAUUACAAAGCAGCUAGAAGUCUAUCGCUGAAAUGGAUCAAUCGAUGGUUGCCGCGAAGACUUUCGUUCUGAAGACCAAUAUUCACUGCAGCGGCUGUGAGAAGAAAAUAAAGAAAUUACUGCAAGAUAUUGGAGGUGUGCACAGAAUUUCUAUCGAUGCGGCGCAGGGAGAGAUUAAAAUUUCAGGCACUAUAGAUCCCCAGACACUUCUAAAGCUUCUCCAGAAAAAUGGGAAGAAAUCGGAGCUGGUGUGGGAGCCUCUGAUUGAUCAGAAAGACUUGAAGAUUAUGAGAAGACCCAAGUCGCCUGUGAAUAAGUAUCAUGGUAUUCAUGAUGAAGACGUUGUAUCGCGAUUGCAAAAAUUGUCUGAAAUCAAAGGCUUGAAGUCUGUUGAACUCACUAGAGAUGGGGUGAAGAUAACUUUCAAAGAAGAUUAUGAAAAUGGACAGGGGUUCAGCGGCAAAAGUGAAGCUUGUUCGGCAAGAAAAUCUCCCGGAAAAGCCAUGCAUGAGAGGUAUGAUGGUGAAGAAUCUUGUUGCUCGAGAAACGAAGCUAGGUACAAGCAGUAUUGUGAUGGGUGCGGCCGGCCAAAGAAUUGUGGAUGCAUGGCUUCACAUGGGAAUAUUUCGCAAGGGAUCCCGUGGCGAGGCCCGCCAGGGUACUUUCCAUCAGCGCCUCCAGAGGUUCCGGUAUAUUACCCCCCACCAGCACCGCCGCCUCCACAGGAUUUGGCUUAUAGUCACCCAUUCUAUAGUACAUUUAGCGACGACAAUCCCAGAAGUUGCAAUAUUAUGUGAUGUUUUUGAGGAUGUGGAGUGGUUUACUUAAUGCUUGUGUUUGAAGCCCAACUUUUGCACCUCUUGCUUUAGUAUUAUUGUGUGCAUUGUGUGUGAAAUUGUUGUGUGUGUAUUGGAAAUGCUUUUGUCUGAUGUCAUUACGUGCAUGUGAAUGGUUAUGUAAUGUGAGCUGAUGAAAUUAUAAGUUAAGUUCUCUGUUUGAUGUAA